UUACACAUUUGCCUAUUUGAAAGCUGGAUAGGCAGACACAUAUACCUAUUUGCAACCAGAUGAAAGGAGAGAAGCACGGCAACGCCAACAGCAGAAACCGCAACAGCCAGGGGCGUUGACACCAUCAUGGUGACAUUACAGACCUACGAGGCUAUCCAAAGCUGGAUCCACCAGCAACUGGCCUACGAGGCCACUCACAUAGACAACGCCCCUUUGACAGAAGCGCAGCGGAAGCUGCUAGAGAAACUAGAGCUCACCCUGCCACCCACUAUGGCUCCCCAACCCGACCCAGUUGUGGGCGAUACGAAUUGGAUCGGCGUUCUUCUAGAGAGCCGAGUCCCCCGCCUGCGAAUACCCAACAGCACGUCUGGCGUCGAGUUCGUAGAGUCCCAAGCUCCCGCCGUGCGCGGGAUGCUGAGGUGGCAUUGUCACGUCAAGCUUGAGGAGCAUGCCAUGCCCUUUCCUGGCCCUUCCGGCGGCUUGUUCCCGGACGGCACGCUGCCAUCUUUCUCACGCAAGAAAGACGCCAAGCAAUACGCCGCGAAAUGUGCCGUCGAAUGGCUCAAGGAGAAGGGAUAUAUACCUCAGACGAACGCCAACGGCGUGCAGUCCGUUUCGCCUCAACCGCAGGUGCAGGCCCGGCCACCGGCCCAGGCCACACCGCCGGCCUCGCCGCCGGGGCAGAGGAAGUCACCCCGUUCGGAAUUGAAACGGAUGGCCUCCGCCUUCGACAACGAUGAGGUAUCGGAUAUACAAAAGGUCGCCCGACUUUGCGAGCUCUACAACUUUCCCGAGCCCCGAUACAUAAUCACAAAGAGCACGGAAGGAAAGGAUUUCUUCGACGGCUAUCCAGAUUUAGGCGUCCUGGCCAAGUCGCUCCCUCGGGACAUCGGCCGCGUGAAAAAUGUGUUCGGAAAAAAAGCGACAAAAGAGAAGAUUGCCCAACUGUUGCUGGGUCCUCUAACCGAUAUAGCGUCCAAGCGCGAGGAUGAGAACCGGCGCUUCCUCAACAGCUUACCACCUCUUAUUAAGGCGGAGCCGUCCCCGGAGCCUUCGAGCGCGCCGAGCGACCAGGUUCCUGAUCUGUUGAUAUUGUGAUGAUGAACUUCGAGCCAAAGUUGGUUGAGAAACGAUGUACUACCGACUCUCGAGUCGUGAUGAACUCUACCCAAUUUACGGAUACCAGAAGCGGUGCUACCGGCCAUGGUGCGCCUGUUUCCCAAAGCUAUUCCAAUGGAUCCGUGUUUGCACCUAUCGUAACUGACGAGGAUAUGUAUUCUUGCUCCGUUGAGAAUCGGAUUCGAUAUUGAGCCUAAGGCUCAUUAUGAGGGCGUACUUUCAUUAUCAUCUUCCUGCAUUCGUCUUUUUGUCUAGCCGUUCUUCCAUACACAUACCACUCUGUUGUCUUCUCAGUUUUAUCAAUAGCCUGCUUAACGGUUGUAUAACCAUUGACCGUACCGAUACCCGCAAUGUUACUAGGAGUACGGGCAGCAGCGAGAGUCGUAGCUAUCAGAACAGCCCCAAGCUACCCGCCAGUAAUUAGUCCGAUAGUAGAGAUCCCUCCGGUGGGCCGCGGGGGUGUAGAUAGACGAUAAUCUAUCUAGGUAGAUAGUAAGUUAAACUAGGCCACCCUUCCACAAACCACCUUUCCAUAAACUACUUAAGUUAAGCAUAACUUUUUAACCGUUACGUUAAUCACUAGGAACAUUCAUAUUACCAAAGUUAAUUAAAAUUUAUAACUUAUAUAGAUUUAUAAAUAUUUUAAUAUCAUUAUAUAAUUAAUAAAGAGAUAAAAAUAAAUUA